AUGGCUGUUUCAGACUUUGCGGCGCUUGCGGUUCAGCUUGACCCAAGGUUUCGCUAUGCCGCUGCGCCUGAGCACAUCGUUCUGCAACCGCAGAUUACCAUGACUUGGUCGUGGAUGCCAGUGGCUUACACGAGGCAGGACAGAUCGCAGCCGGAGCUGCAGGUGCUGAAGCUGCAGGAGCUCAUUCGCUUCGAGGGCUCCACCGAGUCGAAAGCACCUCUCCCACAAGUUUCGCUCAACGGGACAGAGUGCGACAUCGCGGGACCACAAGAACUGGCGUGGGAACAGCACAAGGACGUGGGGGAGGUACUCUCCACAUUGUCACAGCUCGCCGGGACUUGCGAGGUGGCAUCGCUUGUGUCCGGUCUCCACCGCAUGGCGAAGCUUGCGGAGCAGGAUGCCUAUGGCGCCAUGGGAGGACUGGAGAAUGUGUUAGAUGACCGACGCCUUGAGAGCGUGCUGUCAGUGCUCAGGUCGAAGGCCCAGGGGCUCACAACUUCACGUGCCAUCAUGCGAACGAUUUGGGCCUUCGGCAAGCUUGGCGUCAGAGGCAGCGACGUGCAGGGCAUCAUCGCCCAGCUCGCACAAACCUCCCCACCAAUCAUGAAGCAGUUCUCGUGCCAAGAGCUUUCAAACACUCUUUGGGGCCUGGCCAGGUUGAGCGAGAGCUCUUGUGGUCUGGGGCCGGAGGGAGUUCAGCUCGCACAUGUGGUGAUGAUGCAAGGCACGACGCGGCUGGCCCAGUUCAGCACGCAGUGCCUCACCAACAGCUUUUGGGCUGUGGCGAAGCUGGGGCUCAAGGGCAAGGCAGUGAAGACCUUCUGCAACGAGUGCCUCUUGUACAUUGAGGAGGUGAUGUUCCGGGAGAUGUCACCACAGGGUCUGGCCAACAGCCUGUGGGCUUGCGCCAAGCUCCAGUCGGAAUCCCGGGCAGGGGCACCUUUGGACAAGGAGGCAGUGACGCGCUUCUGCAGAAACGCCGCAUGCCGGACGAGAGCAAGCCAAGGCAAUCUCGAGCUCUUCUUCCCGCAGGAGCUUUCCAUGGCCCUCUGGGCCAUGGCAAAGUUGAUUGGGCGCAGGCCCCGUUCCAAGUCGAAGGAUGCCUUCUUCGAGGACAUCUGGAGCUUCGCCGAGUCGGUAGCUUCUGAAGCUGCCUUGCGCAUCUGCGACUUCAGCCCCCAGGGCGUGUCAACCAUCGCGUGGUCGCUGGCCACGCUGGAUGUGAUGAAUGGCAGCUAG